GUUUGUGUAAAAGUCCUGUCAGAUGUUAACAUUAGCUGAUUGCGACUGAGAGCGACACACUAACUCGGCGUUGUAUUUCAAUAAGAAGAAAAGAGCUGUCGUUUAUUUGAAUACAGUGUGCUGUGGUGAGGGCUGCCCCUACAGUAUUGCCAGCAUGGCAAGCAGCAGAGCCUCCCUCUAUCGCCUCGCCCUCCUGGCACUGCUCGUGGCGCUUCUGCCUCAUGCCGCCUUCACCAAAAAGGGAAGCGGAUCCAAAUCCAAGAGGUCGGGUGGGACCAGCAGCGGGAUCACCAGCAACACAGGACAGGGGGCUGGAUCUAACUACCCUAACACUGGAGGAGGCUACCCCAACACUGGAGGAGGCACUCCAAAAAUCUACGGGCCAGGCUAUAACAGCCACAACCAGGGCAGGGCUCCCUGGAACGGUGGUGGCGACUCUUACUUCUCUCAGUCAGUGGCAGGUCAGGGUUCAAAGCCCUCCCACAAGUCCAAGGGGUUCGGCAAGAAGGCAGAUUUGGCAACGGGGUUAGGUCUGGCCGCGGGCAUGGACUCAUUCCCAGGUGUCUACAGGGGCCCAAGGCUGGAGAUCGACUUCAACAGUGAGGAGGAAGAGCGCUACUACAACUACUACAUGUGGAAGCGCUACGUGGCCACCCCCUUUGGUGGAGACAGCGGGACGCUGAUGCAUUACUACUUCCGGCAGCCGGCGCAGACUUACGAGAUGUUUCGGGAUCGGUGCUUGAAGAGAAACGACCUGCUGCCCGGAAAGGAGACUGACCGAGCUGUUCAGAGCCCAGCCGGUACCGAUGAAGACGUUCCGCGCAGCAAUAUUAACACCACUGCCGCAGAUAACAGCAAAAACACCAUGGACAUCCUCCCCAGCAGAAACAACAGCGCUGUUGAUGCCACCAGUAACCCCCCUGUAAGCGUGAGCCCAGGAAACAUUAACGUCACGGAAACUGAAGCAAAAAACAGCACCGGAAACGCUACCGUGAAUAAUACCACGAGCGAAGCUGCAAGCGCAACCCGGCCGGCUCAGGAAGACAAAGACGAUGACGACGUGGACGGCGUGAUGGACGUUGGCAAUCCGGAAAUGAUCGAGCAGAUGAAGCUGUACCGCUGCAUCGAGCUCUACGUGGAUUACACGCACCAGUACCUCACGACACGCACCGAGACCGACACGUGGAUCCUCCAGUCGAAAGGAGCGGCCAGGCUCACCGGCUCCCUCCUGCUGCUCGUCAGCACUCUGCUACUGCAGUGACUCAGCGGGUCCAGCCUUCGAAUCCGGUCCGGGUGUCAGUCCCUUAGUUAACCCUGCUCCCCUGCAGCACGUCGGAAAUUGCAGCUCAUCAGAGCUUUGUAUCGCUUGCACAUUUUGAAUUCUCUUCCCUUCUGACUACAUGUAAAUCCCAGUUAGAGACUUGUGUGUGGACAGCUUUAAAAUAAUGAAGCACUAUUUUCUAUUUUAUAUACCUUUUAUAUACAUCUAUGUGUAUCUCUCUCUCUCUCUCUCUCUCUCUCUCUAUGUAUAUAUAUAUAUAUAUAUAUAUAUAUAUAUAUAUAUAUAUAUAUAUAUAUAUAUAUAUAUAUAUAUAUGAUAGCUCAGUACUUUAACCCUUUCAGUCCUUAUCUUAGCGCAUGUUAGCAUAAGCUGUCGGAAGUCACGUUGAAACCUCACAGGACUCCUUGGUCCCAGUCAAAGGUCGUGUAGAAAUACAUGUGUCCUGUUCUCAUGUAUACUCAAUAAAGGAGCUCCCUCCUGGCAUUGCUCGUGGCGCUUCUGCCUGACGCUGCCUUGACCAAAGGAUUUAGAAUAUAAAUUGGCAAAGUGCCACCCAAGGGAACCCCUGGAAAGGUCAUCGCCAGGCCAGGUUUUAACUACGACCAAGCAAUGAAACAGCCGGGCCCGUGCUAUCGAGGACACCCUUAUAACAAUGACAACCAGGAGUCCAAGCAUGAACCUGGAUCCUGGGACACACGUGGUUCUUCAUUCUUCCAAUCCCUGGAAACCAGGGAGAUAUAACCCUCCCAGAAAUCCAUAGGCUUCGGCAGUAGGCUGUCUAAAUCAGUUAGAGUGCCAGCGCUUGCUGCUCCUGCAAGGAGCCCUUGCUGCCCCUUCCAUUGAAAGCCCAGCUUCUUAGAACGACUCCUUGAAACCAAGAGCCACGUGUGUGCGGUUGUGGCAGAGAUCGUGUUAAAGUGAUUGCAAAAUCAUUCCAUGCAUUUUCCACAUCAUGUACAUUCAAUCACUGAGCAGGUCUGAAAUGAGUCAUUUGGAAAGAAAUUUUAGCAAACAUGUAUUUUAAUUGUUGCUUUCAGAUAAUCUUGAACUUUCCCCUUUUACCUGAAAAUAGCAGCUGUACAGAGCUGUGUUCCUGGACGUUAGCGAUGUCAGCAGCCGCGGAUCCUAAUACUCCUUGACAUGCUCAUGAACACUAAUUUCCGCUGUUUUGAUAUUUGAAGUUAAUUAGAGCUUUGAUAAAAAUGUCUAUUUUAUCAUAAACUUUUUUUUACUCUUUUUACAAAUGCAAUGACCAACACUUUUUGUACCCCUCAUUAGAUGGGGAGCUCGAUAUUAAACACUUUUUUAUAUUCUG